CUGUGAGCUAGUCCGGUUUGUCGGUAUUUCUUUUUUUUCAUCAUAUAGCUGUUGAUGCUUGUUUUAGUUGUUCCGUUUUGCGUUUGUUUUCUGAGGAUAAUUUAUAGAAUAAAAAAAACAUAUUUUUGACAUUGUUUAGAUUUCUAUUACAAUGACUACUAUGGAAGAAGGAGAAUCUACUACGGAAGAAAUACCGCCGGGAAAUCCGGACGAGCUAACAAAAAAUCCCACGGCUUUAAAAGAAGCACAUGAACAAAUGGCUACGCUAGAUGUUCUUGUAUGUGGACAGUGUCAUUCAGCAUUCCAUUUUAUCGAAGAGUUUAAAGAGCACAAAAAUGCUAACAAUUGCGCUGGUAAAUCGCCAGUAAGGGAUAGUAAUGAAAGUAAAUCACAAGUAUGGGCUUUUCUAUUAUGGAAAUGUUCGUCAGUCCGCGAUGGGUCCACAUCUAAUGCUGACAAUAGCUGGAAGUUGUAUCAGCAAUGGUGUAGAAUGCCAGAAGCUCAAAGAACAGCUUGGAUAGCGGCAGGAACAAAUGUACAAUCUCUAUCUAAAUUUGCACAUGCUAAAGUUAUGGAACUGAAGACUGAGGAUCAAUUAGUUCCAGUACAGACUGCUCCCCCAGAAGUUAAAAAACGGGGAAGACCAAGGAAAGUCAAAGUGGAAGACAGUGAGGCACAACCAUCUGGAGAAGAAAGUGAUGAUGUUAAAGCAAGCCCUGCUCAAAAGGUUCUUCUUAAUAAAAUGUCUAGUGCCAACAGAACCAGGGAUCUGUCGGCUGAUUCAGUAAGGAAUGCUCAGGAGCGCGUACCAGCUGAGAAGCGUAUAGCUCGCCGCUCGGAACGAGAGGGAGGCUCUGGGGAUGCUGGAGAGUAUGUUGUCGAGAAGAUCCUUGCCAAGCGGUUUAACCCGCGCCGCAAGCACUAUGAGUAUCUACUCAAGUGGGAGGGCUAUCCACAUGAACAAAACACAUGGGAGCCCGUAGAAAAUAUGGAGACUUGUAAGCACUUGUUGGAAGCUUUUGAAAAACAACUAGCGCGCCAGAAGGAGCUAAAAGCUUUACGGGCUCAGCAGCAACAACAUCCAGUACAGGUAAAGCAGUUAAGCACUGCAGUACCGCAGGUUGUCAAGCAGAUUGUAAAGAAGUCGGACAGCCCAAUGCUGACGCCAACCGGACGUUUGCAGCGCUCGAGCAAAGCGCGCGCGCUGGACCAGGUGAAGGCGUGGUGCGGCGCCGACGACGAGCCCGCCUCCAAGCGCAUCAAGCGCGAGCUGUCCAGCGACGACGACUACUCCGACAGCGACGAGCUCGGAGAAAAGAAAGUAGUGAAUGGGCAGUCAUCGCCAAAGUCAAAUAUAGAUCCGGAACUAGUGAAGUCCCUUGGUCUUGGAGGCAAAGGCAUGCCUAAUAUCAAGGGUGUCAUCAAAGUCGAUCCAAAACAUAUGCCGAACCUAAGUACAGGUGUGUAUAUAAUGUCUAAGAGUUCAGGUAUUAUGAAAAUUGACUCUCCUGGCAAAUUAGGACCCGGACUAAAUAUAGAUCAAGAGGUGAUUCGAAAACAAAUAAUGGCUGCUAAACAGAAAAAAUUGGAGGAGAAGAAGGCUUCACCGUCUACACCUGCAUCACAGAUAAAGAAGACCUACAGUUCUGGAGGGCAGCAUGUGACCGAAAAGACAAUAAUAACACCAUCAGGACAAAAGAUCAUUCAGCGCACGAUACAGCGGCCGUACGGCGCGCCCGACGGGAAGUCCCCUGUCACCAUCCUCAAUAAGAAACUUGCACAGGGCGACAGUUUGCUACGCGGUGCAGGCUCGGCGCGGGGCCGCGGUCGCGGGCGCGGCUACUCCGUCUCCACGGCGGCCGGGAAUGUCGUGCGUGUACGAGAGAAGCCCGUCGCUGUCGACUUUGAUAAGUGGGAGCAAUCAUCGGAAUCAUCAGACGGCAUAGAGGACCCGUUUCCACGCGAUUUAGGUCCGUUGCCAUCGCCUAGUCCCGAACGUGAACUAUCCCUUUGCCCAGUGACCGGGAAGCGGCUAGCCCGAGCUGAGGGCGAGCCCACUCCACCGCCCACACCGCCGCCUCAGCCACCCGCUACGCCUCCACCCGAGACACACCACGCUACCAUGCUUAAGGUGGAAAUGUCACCAGGAGGUACUACGGGAAUGUUGGUUCAGGGUGAUGGAGCACAGCCCUCAUUACCAGUAUUAACAGACGAAGAUGGUACAGAGGUGAAGGUAGAGGCCAGUGCAGUGAAGCAGUUAUUAGAGGAAGGAGUGGGAGUGGACGAAGGUGAAGAAGUGGGCCUGUUGCAUGCUGGACAUCCACCUAUCAUGAUACGGGGGGAAGAUGGAGUCUUAUAUCAAGUCGCUGGUGAGAACGAAGCUGGACAGACACUAUUAGUAGCAGCGGAAGGCGUAGAAGGCGCUGUAGAGGGCGUUGAGGGGUCCGUCGAAGGAGAGGGGGAGGGUGUCAUGUACGUCACAAGAGAAGAUGGACAGGACGUGCUGGCGAUCGACCCUCAACAGUUGGCGCAGCUCAUGCCGGGCGGCGAGGCGGGCGGCCUGCAGCAGGUCGCCGUGCAGGUGGAGGGCGAGCCCGGGGAGGACGCCACGCAGGUCAUCGCGCAGCUGGUGCAGGCUGACCUGCCCUCGCCCGGUGGUACGAGACGUGUGGUGCUAUUACUACCGGAUGGUAGUUUUACAAUGACAGAACUGGACAAAGAGCAAUAUGAAUCCAUAACAGAAGCAAGUAAACAACAGGAAUGAGAAUUGAAGUGUGAAUGUGGUUCAUUCAGUGUUAAAUUUCAUACAGAUACUUAGAAAAAACAGACUGGAUUUCAAUGCAUUAUAAGGAUAUUUGCUAAGUUAUGUUAGGUGAUAUUUCUUUAAGAUAUCAGAAAAGUUCUAUCUUUAUUCAAUAAUAUACAAUGGGCAAGUGUAUCACUUCGAGAUAUAGAUAUAAUUUAUAAAAAGUGUAGUUAUGUGCAUCAUUAUAUAAAUGAUUGUGUUAUUUAAAGAUUAAUAAAACGAAAUAUUGUUGGUAAAAUGAAAUAAAAACUGUUUCAUGACUUGGAUGUUCAAAAAAAUAUAAAACAAGACAUAUUUUCACAUUUGUUACGUAAUUAAAAAAUCAUGAGAUACAGUGUAAUAUACACUGAUUCAAUGCUAAACAGAGCCAUUGUCGGGGCGAGAAAGGAGUGGAGAUUUCUAAUUAUUUUCAGAAUAGAACAUAAUUUUUUUGGGCGAAGUAUUGUAUGAACAUCAUGUGAACAAAUGUAAUCAACAAUAAAGAUAGUGCAAUACAAA